AUGACCAGAGGUUUGUCUCCCAGACUGUGGUCCAACAGCCUGUGUCUGCAUCAGCUCAACUGGGAGACCCUGUGGCUCUCCAGUGCUCUAUUACCUCCCAGAGGACGGACCACAGUAACCAGUGCCAAGGGGAACCCAAGCUGUGUCUACACUCUCCCCAAGAACAAUGUAGACUCCUCUGAUGCUGGGACUUACUACUGUGCCCUGGCAGCAUGUGGGGAAGUUGUGUUUGGAAGUGGAACUAAGAUGGACAUAACAGGUUCAGUCAGUGAUGGGAACACGACCAUUUCAUGUGUUUUAUUUAACUGUUCAGAUCCCAAUGCCCAGAGAUUUGUCUCCCAGGCUGUGGUCCAACAGCCUGUGUCAGCAUCAGCUCAGCUGGGAGACCCUGUGGCUCUCCAGUGCUCUAUUACCUCCCAGAGGACGGACCACACUAACCAGUGCCAAGGGGAACCCAGUGUGUACUGGUUCAGAUCAGGACCAUCUCACCCUGCUGCCAUUUACAUGAAUGGGAACAGGAGUGGUGAAUGUCAGCAUAGUUCUGGGCCUCCGUCUGCUCCACAGAGCUGUGUCUACACUCUCCCCAAGAACAAUGUAGACUCCUCUGAUGCUGGGACCUACUACUGUGCCCUGGCAGCAUGUGGGGAAGUUGUGUUUGGAAAUGGAACCAAGCUGGACAUAACAGAACCCUACAUUAAUCUGCUCACCGUGGUGCUUGGAAUACUGUUCGCUUGCUGUCUGGGUGGGAAUAUAAUGCAGUUCAUAACAAGAAAUAAAAAGCAAGUUUCUGAGAAUUGCAAAGGAAAUCCCAGAGCCUCCUACCACGUUUCAGAUGCCUCAGUGAUUCAAGAACAACAGGAAAGGGAAAAUGAUUCCUUGAACUACGCAGCUUUGGAGUUCUCUGGCAGGAAAACCAAAGGAAGGAAGAAGAACAGUGAAAGAACUCAGGAGAGUUUGUAUUCUGCUGUGAGAGAAACCGGCCACUGAAGUCCAUCAACCAGGUCCUAAUAUAGUUUGAAUAUAAUUCCUUAAUAUUGUAAUCCGGUUCAGGUGCAGUAAAUUGCUCAAGGUUUAAAAAGUGAAAGCUUAAGAUAAGAUAAUAAGCUCAAAUAGAACUUUACAACCCUGGAAGGUGGUUCAUUUCAAACUAUUUGUUUUUAAUGCGGAUGAACCCACAUACAUUUCUAUUUCUGAGUUUGUAGAAACUUACAGGCAUUGCUGUUUACAAAUAGAGCUAAGCAGCAUUGCAUUGUGCUAAAUGUUCAGAAAAAUAACUAACAAAUUUGAUCAAAUCAAAUUAUUUCGAGUAAAGGAUAACACGAUGUAAAAACUAAUGUAAACUGAUAUUAGUUGGAAUGGACAAAGAAAUUGUGGUAUUGAUGUUAGGAGCUCCAUGCUCUAAACAAAUCAGUUAGACGGACUGCUUGGUGGGAAAAGUACUGGGAAAAAUAAUUGCAACUAAUGUUAUAAAAAUAACACUUGGAAAUGUUUAUUGUUUUUAAUUUAAAGUAAAGGCUGCCACAAUUAUGUUAAGUGGUAUAGCAUGGUAUGUGCUUUGUGACUAUUAACAAUUAGUACAACGAUUUAGGAAGUAAUAAAGGCGGGAAAGAGAUUACCCCUAUUUUACCACAAGGUGUCAACUUGAUGAGCCGGUUCCAAAUAUAUCCCUUUUUGACAACACAAUGUGGGUGUAUCCAACCAGCUGGAAGGGUUUGACUGGUGGACUGCAUCAACUGGUAGGCUGGCGUGCAUAUUCAUAUACCUUAACUGACACUACACACAAAAAAUAUUUUUGGCUACUGACGUGAGGUGCACAGUAUCAUUAUACUCAAACUACAAUAAACCGGUUUUAA